GUGUGCGUAUAAUCCUGUCCGAGUUACGUUCAACCUUCUGGAUUUUAAGAGGACGUCAAGCUAUAAAGCAAGUUAUUCACAAAUGCCUACCUUGCAAGCUGUCCAAAGCGAAAUACGGAAAACAAAUCGAAGCUCCUUUACCUCCUGAAAGAGUUGUACCUUCUGCUCCAUUUACUACCACAGGAAUUGAUUUUGCUGGACCCGUGAAUAUUCGAUGUUUGAAAUCAAGAGACACAGCCUACAUAACACUAUUUACUUGUGCAACAACACGUGCAUUACACAUCGAACUUGUGUCGGAUCUUACCACAGACAAAUUUCUUUUGGCACUACAACGUUUUGUUGGCCGCAGAGGACUCCCACACACAAUCUAUACCGACAAUGCUACCACUUUUCAUGCAGCAAAUAAGGACUUGAUUCUGCUAUGGCAAGUUCUGUCAUCAGCUAAAACUCAGCAAUAUUAUGCCCAAAAUGGCAUAACUUGGAAAUUUAUCGCCCCACGAGCGGCUUGGUGGGGAGGCUGGUGGGAACGCCUAAUCGGAGUUGUCAAGCGAUGUUUACGAAAGGUACUCGGACGAGCACUUCUUGACGAGGAAGGUCUGUCCACGGCCCUCAUUGGAAUAGAAGCCGCUCUGAACAGCCGACCAUUGAUAUACGAAGAUGACAGUUCCACAGCCUUAACACCAAGCCAUUUCUUGACAGGACGGAAACUAACGGCCAUUCCAUCCAGCCCAAAUAACAACACAAAGCUAAGAAAAUUCUACAAGCAGCAGCAGGACUUACUCGACUGCUUUUGGAAAAAAUGGUCUAAGGAAUAUUUGCUUCAAUUGCGGUCAUUUCAUCAAGUUCGUAAUCAGGACAAUAUCAUUAACAUCCGAAUUGGCGAUAUUGUACUUCUACAAGAAGAUGCCCGACCACGUCACAUGUGGAAGAAAGCUAGAGUAGUGAACUUGCAUGAAGGACGAGAUGGAAAAAUAAGAUCCUGUAAGCUGAGAGUUAAUGGUCGCAAUAUAACCCGUCCGGAAGCUCUGGUCAUCCCCCUCGAGAUCGACCAGGAGCUUAGUUCAUAUUCACCUACAUUUUCAUUUGAAUCAACAAGUGCUUCAACGAAGGGUAACAACAUUGCUACUUCAGAGGAAAGUACUUCAACCCAUUUUACCAACAUAGUGACUUCAGGUGAAAGUACCUCAUCGCAAGUUACCAACAUUGCCACUUCGGGAGAUAUUAUUUCAACACACUCUUCCAGUAGUGGGACUUCAUGUCAAAGUACUCAAACGGAUUUUAUUGGCAUUGUGACUUCAGGUGAAAGUACCUCAUCUCAAGUUACCAGCAUUGCCACUUCAGGUGAAAGUACCUCAUCGCAUUUUACCAACAUUGAGACAGAUGAAAGUACAACGACUAUUAGUACAAGUGACAUCGAUAAGACUGGAGUAUUUACCAACACUAAGGAAGGCAAAGAGGAAAAUACCACUUUAACAACUGCAAUGCCUUUGAUUAAUGAAGCAACAGCAAAAAAGCAACCACUAGUGUUUAUUGUCCUGGGAACUACUUUCUUAUUAGUUCUUGUUGGAGCCACUUUGUCAGCACUAACAUACAAAAGGUAUGUAUCAUGUUAUUCCUUAUUAUAA